UGUAGAUCUAAUUGGAAACUAGAAGAAUUAUCAAUCCUCAAACUUGGUUUCACUUCCAAUGCAUUCCAAUAACUUGAACGACAAAUAUUAGAACCUAAUCUAUCGAUUAGAUAAUUGUAGCUUGAAUCCAACAAUUGAUUCCCAUUUAAAUACAAAUUAAACUUCAACUUUAAAUUGUUGUCAGUAUUUUUGAAUGAUAUUUGGCAAAUUUCUAAAAUAAAUACUUACCAGUAACCUUGGACUUGGAAUAAUCAAACACUUUUCAUGCCCAUAGGUCUUCAUUUGAGUCUGAUAAUGAUAAGAUAUACUCAUAUUAUUGUCAUCUCUUCUUAAGUUUAAUGUAUUGGCCAGCAUUUUGAUGGUUGUUGCCUUUGUUAAACCAAAAUUUUGGCUGUAAAAAAAUCAAAAAUUUUAUGAGGGCCACUAAAUGAGAUUUGGUUAAGAAAAAAUAAUUACUGAAUAAAUUUUGUAUAUAGAUUUGGAUAUACCAAUAUCAUGAUAUGAUGAUACGACUGCCUCUUACCAAAUUCACUUUGAAUAAUAAUAAAUUAAUACUACACAAGGCGAUACUAAAUCCUAAUUUCUCUUCAAAUAUCCAACAAUUGCCCAAUUUCAGAACUAAAUUAUUAGCAUGUUAUAAACAAUUAUAUCGAUUGAGGAAUGUAAUCGAUGAAGGCUCGUAUCGAAGUAAGUUUCCUUAUGAGAAUAUGAUAAGGAGGAAUUUCGAGAGGAUAUCAUUCAAUACAAGACGUCAAGCUGUGUUAGGUCAUAUCAAUCAGGAUUCCGAAGUGACUGUGUUGACGGAGAAUGAAAUUAUAGAACGAUUAAUGAAUACAGUUGUAUUUGUGUUUAACUCAACUGUACAACGUCAAAACGAAUUUGCUGAUAUGGAAAUCCAAUACUAUGAAGAUCUCAAGAAAUCCAAUACUGAUACAUUAGAGAAAAAUAUUGUUAAUACGGUUAUACGAAUGGAUGGACAAAAGCCAAAUAGUAUCAAAUAUGAUUUUAAGUAUAAUUGGAUCAGAGAUUAUACUAACAAUAUUCAAGAUCACAUAAAAUUGAUUGAAGCUAAACCUAAUCAAAAGAAAUAUGAAGGAAGUUUUGAAUUGGAUUAUAUUGGAUUUAGAAAUUAUGAAUUUAUGAUAAUGUCCCUUAAUGAAAAUAUGAAAUUAUGUUUAUAGAUAUUUUAUAUAUACAGAAAAAUGAUAUAAAUAUAAAUCGAAAAAUAUGAAAAAUGAAGUUUGCGCAAAUUUAAUCUCUUGCUAAAUUAGAUAUAUUCAUUUCAUACCAACGAUAAUCAAGUAAACAAUGUCUAUCUUUCUGUACUUUGGUUCGUCUAAGAAAACUGACAAUGCCAGUAAACCACCACUUCCAGCCACUCAGUUACAACAGCAAUCACAUCAACAUGAUUUAAUUGGUCUGGGGUCAGCAAAUUCAGAUAUUUCUACUACCUUAAAUCAAUUAACUGAAAAUCAAUCAUCUCCAUUAAGGAUCAAGACCCUUGAAGUCAGUAAACCAUUCCAUGAAUCGGUAUCUCAAUUUAUAGAUUUACAUGAAAAUAGACUGAAAACAGCUGUUUUUGUUAUUGAUGGC